UCCCUCGAAGAAUUUAAAUUAAAAAUUGCAAGUGGUCAAACGUCGUGGAUUCAGGAGUUACCAAAAGAUACAUUAUCACAACUCAUAAUACAGUUAGAAUUACCGACAGGCCCAAAUCCAAGUAUCGACGAUUUGCGGAAAGUGCUUCGGGACCACGUUAAAACAAAAAAAAAUAAAAUGACACACCAGUCAACGCUCCCUAUUACUAGCUUAGAAAAUUUCAGUGGUGGAAAUUGGAGAAGUUAUGAGGAGCAACUCAAUUGUUACAUGUUAUUGCAUGAUAUCUCGGAAGACAAAAAGGUUCCGCUCUUAAUAACGAAAUUAACAAGUAACGUGUAUGACACAUUGUCAGGGUUAUGUGCCCCAGAUAUACCAAUUAAAAGUACAUAUGAGGAUCUAUGUAAAAAACUGCAAGAAUUUUAUCACCCCAAAAUAAAUCUAGCAGUGCACAGAGCGAGAUUCAUGGACAGGAAACAAGAAGAAGGAGAAACGAUAAAAGAAUACCUGUUAGCUGUUCGCAAACUGGCUAAAGACUGCGAUUUCAAGGAUGUAGAUGAACAUUUAAAAGAAAGACUGUUGAAUGGCGUUCACAACGAGACAAUCAGAUAUGAAGUAUUGAAGAUGGCCGAUGCGACUCUGGCAAAGUUAACAGCAGUGGCGGAGACAGCAGAGAUGGCUUUUAAACUAUCGGCCAAGCCAGUUGAUGUGUUCAAGCUCUCAACGGAUCGUGGGAAAGUGAGUCUACAGCCUCAAAAAAAGCGGCAACAACAACAACAACAGUCAAAGUGCCUGUGUUGCGGCAAGACAGGACAUUGGAAGGAUCAGUGCACCUUGCGCUUUAAGUACUGUUCGGAAUGUGGCAGGAAGGGACACAUAUUUAGGCUAUGCCCCCUAAAGAAACCAAACCUGAAAACUGUGGUUUGCUCCGAAGAAAAAGAAGAUGUUUGUGAAACUAAUGAACUAGAUGACAUGUAUCAGACGCUUAAUUUGGGAUGAAAAACAAUAGAAGAAGUAAAUUCAAGAUUAAAAUCUGUAUUGCAACGCUUCACAGAGGCAGAGUUGAAAUUAAAAAUAUCAAAGUGCAAGUUUUUUGAAGAACAACUAACAGUAUUUGGAUAUCAUGUAUCAGGUGAAGGGAUCAGCGUAAUUAAAGAAAAUAUUGAGCCCUUAUUAAAAGCACCCCAACCCGAAAAUAUGAAAAUGUUACGUUCCUUUUUAGGAAAGGUAAAUUAUUAUAAUCGAUUUUUAAAAGACAUGGCCACAAUACUACAGCCUUUGUAUAAUUGUCUUAAGAAUGAAAUUUUUUGUUGGAGCCCUGAAUGUGACAACGCUUUUUUAAAAAUAAAAGAAGCUUUAACAAAAACAGUCACUUUAUCUCAUUACAGCAAUGAACUGCCAAUAAUUUUAAGCUGCGAUGCCUCGGACUGUGGGGUGGCCGCUGUUCUUUCUGUGAGAUCUGAGGAUGGUGUAGUGAAACCAGUAGCCUAUGCCAGUAAAAAAUUGACAGAUACCCAAAUAAAGUACCCAACCAUAGAGAAGGAAGCAUAUGCUAUAAUCUUCGGAAUAACUAAAUUUUACGAAUAUUUGUUUGGACGAACAUUCGAGUUACAAACCGACAAUGCUGCGUUGGUUACUAUAUUUGGCCCUAAAAAGGGUAUACCAAAAAUGGCGUGUAAAAGAUUACAGCACUGGGCUAUAUUCUUGUCAGGGUUUAACUACACUAUCCAACAUAUAAAAACAGAUUGCAACCCCGCAGACUAUUUGUCUCGCAACCCCACGCCAGACAAUAGUACCUUUAGCCAUCCAAUAUUAGACAGUAGUGAAUUAAGUGUGUUAAAAUUCUUGUCAUUAUCAAAUUUUGAAAAUGUAAAUUGGAAAAUAGUGGAACAAGAAACAAAAAAAUGUACUACUCUAUCAACUGUAAUGAGAUAUUGUACUGAUGGCUGGCCUGAUAAAGCAAUGUUAAAUGAAGAAUUAAAAUCCUUUCAUGAAAAACAAAAUGAAAUAAGUAUUGAUCAGGGCUGCUUACUGUGGGGCACACGAGUAAUAAUUCCAAAAAGUCUGCAGAAUUUAGUAAUGAACGAGUUACAUGCAAGCCAUUUUGGAAUAAAUAGAAUGAAACAAAUUGCUAGGUCAUAUUUUUGGUGGAAAACUAUAGAUAAGGAUAUCACAGAUAUAACAAACGCAUGCAUGAUUUGUUUAGAAAACAGAAAGGCCCCCGAAAAGGUACCGCUAACGCCCUGGCCACCGGCCCAUACAGUUUGGGAACGUUUACAUGCGGAUUUUCUUGGACCUUUCUGUGGUAAGAUGUUUUUGGUGGUGAUAGAUAGUUUUGCAAAG